AUGGGCAAUUGCUUUAAGUCGACCAGUAAUGAUGAUAUAUCUUUGUUGCGAGGUAGCGAUCAUCACGAUUCUUCUCUAGAACCAAUGCCGUUUGUGGAGCCUCCGCCUCCGUAUCGAGCUCAGCCAGAACCACAGCAGCGCAUGCCAAUCUACCAUCCUUCACCAGGGGUUAGUAGGCCAGCCAAUCAGCUGUCUGAAGAAGAGCAGAUUAAAAUUGCCCAGAGGUUGGGUCUUAUUAAUCACCUUCCUACAGGCAAAUAUGAUGGCACCAAUAAAAAAGCAAAAGAGUGUGUGAUCUGCAUGAAUGAGUUUAUGUUUGGCGAACAGCUCCGAUACCUUCCAUGUAUGCACACCUAUCACAAAGAGUGCAUCGAUGACUGGCUGAUGCGGUCUUUUACUUGCCCAAGUUGUAUGGAGCCGGUAGAUGCUGCACUUCUAACCACAUACCAGACAAGUUGA